UUGCUGGUCGCACCGCAACCCCAUUCUUUAGUGUAUUAUACUCGAAUAAACCCCAACAGUCGUUUUCCAGUCCAUUUCUAUACAUCAACCGCAAUCUGUCAACAUGAACGUCAACCGCAAAUUCGAUCGCUUCAAGCAAUGGGCGGGGGAGAGAAUGGGAGGAGAGGUUAAGACCAGUCUCUCCGAUGACUUUAAAGCCAUGGAGACGGAGAUGAACGUGCGCCAUGAAGGAGUUGACCGUAUCCACAAGGCAACCGGGUCUUACAUCAAGUCCAUCUCGAAGCGCAGCGAAGGCGAUGAUAAGGAGAAGACCUUGCCUAUCGCCCACCUGGGUAGCAGCAUGGUCGGUCAUGGUGAAGACUUCGAUGCGAACUCGGAGUACGGCCGUUGCAUGACCAUGCUUGGAAGAGCCGAGGAGCGCCUGGCUCGUCUCCAGGACGCCUACAUCUCGCAGGUGAGCUCGGGCUGGCUUGAGUCGCUGGAGCAUUCCUUGACCCAGAUGAAAGAUUACCAGACCGCUCGCAAGAAGCUUGACAGCCGACGUCUGGCCUACGAUACCUCUCUUUCUAAGAUGGAGAAGGCGAAACGGGAGGAUUUCCGUGUGGAGGAGGAGCUCCGGACUCAGAAGGUCAAGUAUGAAGAGGCCAACGAUGACGUGUCCCGGCGGAUGCAGGACAUCAAGGAUUCCGAAGUCGAAGGUGUUAUGAAUCUGGAGGCCUUCUUGGAGGCCCAGCUUGACUACCACGAGCGAUGCCGCGACGUGCUUCUUCAGCUCAGAAAUGAGUGGCCAAGCAGACAACCGCUUUCCCAGGCCCCAAGUGCCCGUCGUCCAGGACGCCCUCGCUCAAACACUGCGCAUUCCUACCAUGAACGCUACGAACCGCUCCAUGAGGAGGUUGACAACACGGCUGAUGUGCGACCAAUUAUCCGAUCGACAAGGGCUCCUUCUAUCGAGCCAGCUGCGAGAGAGGUCUACCCGCCAGAUGCUUACUCCCAGAGACCCAUUCUGAACCGCACUUCGACGUUCGAGGGACCUACCCAGCUGCGCCAGGAGCAAAACUCCAGCCCGUACCAAUGGCCCUCUCGGGCGGCCAGUGACAAUUACAUCGGCCGGAGAAAUAGCGUGCAAUCCCGGACUAUGGGUAGAUCAUACGCUGACCCGUACGAACAAGAGGAUACUAGCCCUAGCGGCACUAGUCCCGAGAGGUCAUACAUGGGACGGAACCAGUCUCCAGGGUCGUCAUACGGGGGUGCAGUUUCGAGGAAAUCUAGCUCGACAACCUUGAACGGCACGCCGCUGACCUUGAACAAGAAGGCGAGUACUAAGGGCCGUCCUCCAAUCCCAGUGUAUCCUGCCUAUCUUGAAAGGCUGAAGCUUGAGGAUUCAUAGGAUCCAUCUUGCUCACGGGUUUCCGGCAAACUCGUUUAAUGCUGGCCAUGUCCGUGCCAUGUUCAUCCUACUGGCGAGUGAUGAGUAAGGGCCAAGGGCUCCGCUGGCAAGCCAUGCGCGGUUGCUAGUAGUAAGUAGUCUCGACGGGAUCAGCGAGUCGCGCUUGCGCAGUCACAGUGGUGGUAGUAGUUGCCCCCGCAAGACAGGCCAGGCGCGUCGCUGCUGUUUUGCUGUAUCGGAACGGGGAAUUGGAAUGUCGGAUAGUGUAAUUUUGCCCUGGGUUAGGUGCCGGUUAAUUCAAUGGCGUUGAGCAAGCGGAUUUGAAUGCUACAUGCUACAUACUACCCACUAUCCACCC